GAAAAAUAUUUAAGGGUUAGGCCAGAAAUACAAGAAAAUGACUCUCUCUUUCUAAAUUAUAAGAAAAAAAAAAUGACAGCUGCAGCGAUCUCUACGGUUAUUAAAUGGAUAACAGAUCAUAUAGAAAUAAAAGAGUGCUUUACGGCAUAUAGUCUUAGAAUCAGAGAAGCCACUGCAGCAAUGAAAGGUGGGAUGUCACUGACACAAAUAAAGGCAAUAGGAGGUUGA